UUUGAAAAAAGAAGCCCAAAAAUUAAAAACCUUGACUUGAGGCCCGCAGCUUUUGCCCGAGAUCUCACGCAAGUCGUUUGUGAAACCCUCAAAACUCGCCAUGGCUGGCUGCUCCGGUGCGACGCGGCAGAAGCUGGCUUGGGCCUUCAUUUUUCUGCUGGCGGCGCGGGAGGUGUCUGCGGCACGUGAGAUGUACCGCGGAGCCAAGCUCAGCUCCUUGCAGGCCACAACGCUGGGCCGCGCUGGUGAGGAUUUCCAGCGCGCCGAGGCGGUGCGCGAGGACGGGUCCUUCUCCGUCCGGACCAUGUGGGCCACAGGGAAGGCGUCAUCGCUAUUAUGGUCGGAUUCAACAAUUACCUUCAGAUAUGUUGCUGGCAACACGUCCGCCCAUGAGCCACCGAAGUAUGUAGAGAUUGAUGGUCUGGACACAAAGUAUCGGCUGAUGCCAGACGGCGCGGCGGUGAUCAAGGAGGUUCAUGGAAUGGACACUGUCAGCAUUGUCGGGUGGCAAGCCUAUGAAGGCGGCAAGUGGGGCAACACCAAGUACGCAAAGGAUGAGGCCUUGUACUUCCGGGCUGACCACAACUCCGCCGUGGGCGAAACCAAGUCCAAUUGGCGCGGCCGCUCGGUGGGGCAUGUGGUCUACCAGGGUCACGGCCAGCUCUACUUCUUCAACAGCAAAGGCGUCCAGAAGGUCAUCGAGGCGGACGAGAUGACCGCUUACCCCGAGCCGCGUACGCAACGCCUGGAGCUUCACAUGGACGGAAGCGAGGCCAAGGCCUUCAGCCAGCCGGACCGGGAGCUGAGCGUCCUGAUCGAUGCCAUGUUGGGCGAGGCCUCCUGCAUGGGCAAGAGCAGCAAGUGCGCCUUCCGGUGCUUCUACGACCCAGACAAGGACGUUUGCGGGCCCGCGCCUUUCUGCCAGAAGGUCGAGGAGAGCGCAUCCCCGAGCAUUUUGGCGCCCUUCGGGCAGCAGCAGAAGUGCAAAGCUGCAGGCGCGGAAGAGAAGGAGGCCGCAGACUUGGCGGUGAAGGCGGCCGCGGAGGAUCUGAAGUCGAUGGCCCUGGGCGUGACUGAGGAGCUGGAGGCCGCCCCCGAGAUCAGCAAGUCCGGAGCCAGCCGCAGCACCAUGAAGAAGACUUUCAAGCUGUACGAAAAGGCCAGCGCCAUCCUCAACGUUUGGCAGGCGCUGCCCGGCCGUCUGAGCCCGGAGACCGGGAACUUCGUGCAGGCCAAGCAGCGCGUGGCCCUCACCGACAUGAAGCACUGGCGUGGCCGGGCGGACCGGCUGACGGUCUCGGAGUACCGGGCGGCGGCAGCGCAGCCCGCCGCAUUGCUGAAAACGUCGACACAGUACUCCGUGGCCGCCAAGCUGCGCCUCGCUGCGACGGGGUGGUGGCGUGGGGCGGCCUUGGGGCGUUAG